GAACUGAGGCGUGACGUCACGGCCCGAUUUGCAUACUGCUCUGUAUAUAUGCCGCGCUUGCGCAUUGACGCGCUACAGUGCUGCAACGGAGAGUUAACGGAGAAUCUCAACGCUAACCUGACUGCCCUAGACACUCAACAAUCAUGUCUGACAAGCCAAACCUGGAUGAGGUCACCAGCUUCGACAAGAGCAAGCUGAAGAAGACCGAGACCCAGGAGAAGAACCCGCUGCCGUCUAAAGAAACCAUUGAACAGGAGAAGCAGGCGGCAUCAUGAAGCCCCCAAGCCGCCAUCAUGCACUGUGCACACCCCCUUUCCCUGCAUUGCCUUCUUUUCAUUUACUUCUUUUAGCUGUAUAACUUUGUAACCGAAAUGUUGAAAAAGAAAAAAAAAUGUUGAAAAAAAGAGAGCAAACCUAAAGCUGCCAUCACUGUUGGAUGGAAUUGAAAUCACCCUCCGUCAACAGCCAGAAGAAUCACCGCCCCCCUUCUCCAACCCAGCAGCGAAAGAAAAUGCUUCCAACUUUUGGAGCACAUAUCUUGGAUCCAUCUGGUGUCCAUGGCGGGCUACCUCGACGUUGGCCUCGGCUAUUGGCGUAGAGUACGAAAAGGGCAAAGGACAGGGGGGGCGUGGCCUUGGAAUGUGGACAUUUCCAAAUUUUCAUCAACCAAUCGAGGCGUGGCUUUAUGUCGACAUGUGACCAGCUCACCAAUUUAAAGGCGUUGCAUUUUUUUGUUUUUAAAGAAAUUGAGUUUUAAGAUAAAAUGCACAUUGUUUGGUUUUUAUGUCGUCAAUGAUUAACACCUACUUGUUAGUGCUGCUUCAGGCGAAUGCUUUUUUUUUUUGAUCGAGACAAAAGAGGAAGAGGAAAAAAAGGUGGGACCAACCUAGAUCGGGAAACACUCCUAAGGAACAUGAGGGUUAUUUUUAAAAUUGAUUGUGCCCUUUUUGUAAGUGUGUGGUUUUUGGGGUAGCUUUUUGUGUUGCACCCUAUCUCGGUUGUCUUAUUGUAUGGAAGCUAUCAUUUCUCGAAAUGAAAAUUCCAUGUGGUCGCUUUCAGCUGUAGAUCAAAUUUUUUUUUCUUGGGUUUCGUACAAACUCAGCAACCAUGUUAUAUUGCCACAAACCAUUAUCAAUAAUGGAAAACAAAUGUUGUAAUAAAACCUUUGUUAUCAAACGGC